AUGGCUUUUGCACCGGUCUCCUCAUUAAUUCUUGAUGGUCUGCCUAAAUUUUUAUCAAUGGCAUAUCAUGAAGCGCUCAACCAUGCUAUUUACACAUUUGCUGAACUUGGUAUAGCUGAUCAACUUAUUCAAGCUCCAUUUGAUCGUGGUUUUAGCGUUGAAGAAAUCAUUGGUGAUGAUCGACCACAAUGGAAUAGGGAUUUGCUUUAUCGAAUAUUACGUGCAUGUAUUUGUGGCGGUCUUGUCGAAUCAAUUAAUGAUGACAAACAUUUCAUUCUUACUGCAUCUGGUAGUAUGAUAACGUCGAAUCAUCCAUCACAUGCUCGAGAUUUUAUUCGUUUCUGCUUUGGACCAAUGUGUAGUAGUGCUAGCUUACAAUUACCAAAUAUGGUAUGUGGCAAGGGUACAGGCAGUGGAAUAGCUCGUGUCUCGGGUGAUGUAGAUAUUUAUACGCUUAUGGGUCAACCUGGUCAAGAGGAGUUCUUACAAAUAUUUAGUGGUGCUAUGACAACAUUUUCAAUGCAAAGUAGCUCUCUAUUGGUGACAGCUGUUGAUUUUGGACGUUUCAAAACUAUGGUCGAUAUUGGUGGUAAUAGUGGAAUAUUCUUAGCUCAACUUCUUGAAAGCUAUCCAUCAAUUCAACAUGGAACUGUCUUUGAUCUGCCACAUGUUGUGAAUAAGUUUAACAAUGGGGAAGAGUUCGAAUCACGUAAAAUACAUAAAGAUAAAUGGUGUUUUGUUUCUGGCAAUAUAUUUGAUUCAUCAACUAUUCCAUCAGCAGAUGCCUAUAUACUAAAAUAUAUUUUACACAAUUUCGAUGAUAAGAAAUUUUUGGAGAUUUUAUCAUUAAUUCGUAAAGCUAAUGAAAAUCAAAAAGGUACAUCAACGACUAUAUUUAUUAUUGAACAUAUAAUUUUACCGGAUGGAAUUUUAAGUAACUGGCAAUCACAUGGAUUCGAUAUAAAAAUGGCUAUUUUAUUCGGCAAUGCGCGUGAACGAACACAAGAUGAAUAUGAACAAUUACUGAAGCAAGCUGGAUAUGAACUAAAACAAAUGUAUUCAAUUCAGGCACCUGCUUCCAUCAUUGAAGCUGUAGUUGUUCACUAA